AUGGCGAAGCCUCGCAAGAACAGCGCCGCCGCCGCCAACAACAACACCGGCAGCAACGGCGCCGGAGACGUCGUCACGCCGCGCGCGAAGCCGAAGCGCACUCGGAAGAGCGUGCCCCGGGAGUCCCCCACGCAGCGCAGCUCCGUCUACCGCGGCGUCACACGGCACCGGUGGACGGGGAGGUUCGAGGCUCACCUGUGGGACAAGAACAGCUGGAACGAGUCCCAGAACAAGAAGGGCAAGCAAGUUUACCUCGGCGCGUACGACGACGAGGAGGCAGCGGCGCGGGCGUAUGACUUGGCGGCAUUGAAGUACUGGGGCCCCGACACCAUCCUCAACUUCCCGGCGUCUGCAUAUGAAGGAGAAAUGAAAGGAAUGGAGGGGCAGUCCAGGGAAGAGUAUAUUGGAUCCUUGAGGAGGAAAAGCAGUGGGUUCUCCAGAGGCGUCUCCAAAUACCGAGGUGUCGCGAGACAUCACCACAACGGGAGAUGGGAGGCGAGGAUCGGUCGCGUGUUCGGAAACAAGUAUCUCUACCUCGGGACUUACGCGACGCAGGAGGAGGCGGCGAUGGCGUACGACAUGGCGGCGAUCGAGUACCGGGGCCUCAACGCCGUCACCAACUUCGACCUCAGCCGCUACAUCAAGUGGCUCCGCCCGGGCGCCGCCGGCGGGAUGGCCGCGGCGGCGGCGCAGAACCCGCACCCGAUGCUGGGCGGCCUGGCGCAGCAGCUGCUGCUGCCGCCGGCGGACACCGCCACCGACGGCGGCGCCGCCGCGUUCCAGCACGACCACCACGGCCAGGGCGCCGAGCCGUUCCCGCUGCCGCCCAGGACGUCGCUGGGCCACACGCCCACGACGUCGGCGCUCAGCCUGCUGCUGCAGUCGCCCAAGUUCAAGGAGAUGAUCCAGCGGACGUCGGCGGCCGAGAGCGGCACCACCACCACCACGUCGUCGUCCUCGUCGCCGCGGCGGUCGCCAUCGCCAUCGCCGCCGAAGCCGCCAGUGCAGGCGGCGGCCAGGGACGCCUCGCCGCAUCAGCGCGGGUUCCCCGAGGACAUACAGACGUUCUUCGGCUGCGAGGACACCGCGGGCGUCGACGUGGAGGCCCUCUUCUUUGGCGACCUCGCCGCGUACGCGUCGCCGGCGUUCCACUUCGAGCUGGACUUGUAG